AAAGGGGGUCAACUUCCUGGUAUUCCGUAACGAGUUGUGUUUCGAAAGGUUGGUUUUGCUAACAUUUGAAUUCCUAAGUUCCGAACUGGAGCGCGGGGUCAUAAUUUUGGUAAAGUCAGCCUGUCGAAGCUCAAUAAAAGAAGGCGGAAUACGAGGGGGGAGGGAGUUGUUAGUCGCGUUCCUUUUGGUGGUAACUCUUCGCGGCGGGUGUGCGAGUGACCCCGAAUAGUGACCUGUGCCCUCCCCUCGUCAUUAUUUGUGGAGUACUACGAGAGAUGUCUCUCAUAAGAUGACGGUGAGUACUCCCUUAAGUUAUGUACUUAGUUUGUAAUCAAUAAAUUCUAUUUUUCUACCCUGGUCUUUGUCUUAACCCCUUGCACGAGCUUAGGCCCGUGACAGUAUUAUUAAUUAUUAUUAUUAUGUAUUAAAGAAAUAAAUACUAUUUUAAUCCCGAAAAUGUAAGCAACACGACAGGCGACCGAACAGAGCCGAAGCCAUUUUCAUUCGAGGGAAUAAAGUAGCAGAUUAUUAGUUAAAAACGAGGAAACAAAACGUUAAUUAUUUUCUUUUAGAAAAAAAAUAGUUAAACUUAUUCAAAUUUUCUUUAUUGCCUUAAAUAAAAGGUUUUUGGCGUCAAAAAAUAAUUACAUAUGUGCAUAAUAUGGAACAAAACGUUUAACUGAACUAAUUUAUCAUAUCAACUUUAUAUUUCACUACAAAAAAGGUUUGCAUGAAAGUUCAUAUGCAAGUUAAUUGUGACCCAAUCAGCAAAUACUUGUGAAGGUUUUAUUUUCUUUGCAGUUAAAAUGCUGAUGGCAAAUUUAUUUUUCAUUGUGUCGAGUAUGUCAUUAAUUGAAAGUGCCAACAUUUUGGGAAUCAUGACUUUUCCUGUGAAAAGUCAUUCGAUUUUAUUUGAGACUCUCUUGAAACGUCUUGCUGAAAAAGGACAUGAUGUUGAUUACGUUACGCAUUUUCUUACGGAAAACAACCCAGAAAGAUAUAACGAACUAAGCAUUCAUGGAAGCCUCCCACUGUAUCUCAACAAUAUGUCAGUACAUGCAUUAAAGAAUCAUUCUGUUUAUGAAUUAAUAAAAUUUUUAACAAUCUCUAGUGGAGUAGAAAGUUAUUCUAAAGUAAUGAAAACUGAAGUUUUACAAAGUUUAAAAAAUUCAACAAAGCAAUACGACUUAAUUAUUACUCACCUUUUCGGUUCUGAUGCAAUGUUGGGAUUUGGACAUUUAUUUAAUGCACCCAUUGUGUCACUUACAACAAGUCUAGCUUUUCCUUGGAUAAAUGAAAGAUUGGGAAAUCCGGACAAUCCGUCUUACGUCCCAAAUUUUUACUCAACUUUGAGUUCCAAGAUGAGUUUGUAUGAAAGAAUUAAAAACACAAUUUUGUGGAUAAUGACCAGAAUUUGGUAUAAUUACUUGACUGUGGCUCCAUCGAAUCAAUUGGUUAAAGAUUUUUUUGGGCCAAAUACACCUUCUUUGGAAAAUCUCAUUCGAAACACUAGUCUCGUGCUAGUUAAUAGUCAUUUCAGUAUGCAGCAAGCUAGGCCAACUGUGCCAAAUUUUAUAGAAGUUGGAGGGCUUCACAUACGUGAACCUCAAUCAUUAUUCCAAGAUUUGGAAUAUUUAGUUAGCAAUAAUAGUUUCGGAGUCAUUUACUUGUCGAUGGGUUCUAUGGUUGUAAGUGAAACUUUCGAUUCUAAAAUACUUCAAGCAAUGUUUAAUGCUUUUGCUGAAUUGCCUUAUACUGUUUUAUGGAAAGCCUUGCCUGAAAAAUUUCCUAAAGGCUUGACAAUUCCUGAAAAUGUCUAUUUCCGAUCGUGGAUGCCUCAGAUAGAUAUUCUAUGCCAUCCUAAUGUGAAAUUAUUUAUUAAUCAUGGGGGUUUGUUAGGUAGCCAAGAAGCGGUGUAUUGUGCGGUUCCAAGAAUAGGAAUUCCAUUUUAUGGUGAUCAAGAAGGCAAUAUUCGUAUGUCUGAAAAACUGGGAAUUGGGAUUAAACUGCCUUAUAGCAAUAUAAAUAAAAAAAGUUUUCUUCAAACUAUCAAGCAGGUUCUUGGGGAUGUGAGCUAUAAACACAAUGUUGAAAAAAUUUCUCAAUUAUUCAAAGAUCGUCCGAUGUCACCUUUGGAUACCGCAGUUUAUUGGGUGGAAUAUGUAAUUAGAUACAAAGGAGCCCCUCAUUUGCGUUCUGCAGGUGCUGAUUUGCAUUGGUAUCAGUAUUAUUUAGUAGACGUUGCAUUUAUUUUACUCUUUGGUUUAUUUGUACUUAUAUUGUUAAUUGUUUAUGGAUUAAAACUGGCACUGUAUUUCAUAAACGGUAAACAAAAAUAUAAAGUUAAAUAGUUAUCAAUUUUAUCAGAAAUGUACUAGAACAUGAUAGGAUUUUUGAUUUGUGGUUUCGAUACCGUAUUAGGUAGUUGUACAAAAAAAAUGCACUUUUUUUUAAGUAAAA